AGAAGUAUCCUUUAUGAUAGCGAGCAAGGCCAGUAUAACGCCUUGGUAACGUCGACUCCUUCCUCUGGAACGUCACUUAGCCGCUCAGAGUUACCCCAACCUUCACCGGGAUAACUCGACUACUUCGGGGACAAUUCAUUCAAGACAAAAGGGGCCAAUUAUAUACACGAGUUGUAUGUUAGGAACAUUUGUUAGACAAUAUGAGGGAGGUCAAUUUCAGCAUCCCCAAUGUCAACAAGGCCUCCGUACAUAUAACACCGACUCUUUAUGACCGUCGAGCACUGGAUUGCACCUCGACUCUGCCACUCAUCAACUCUCUCAACCAUCUAGCCUAUCUGACCACUUCUUCUGCUCGAAUACGAGAUAUACUAACAGUGGAUGGCGGAGUCGAACGCCUCGUGUGCAUACUGAAGGAAGGCAGGAGCAAAGAUGAGAUGCACAUGUGGAAGUGGAAUCUGGCGUUCCAAUGUAUUGUGAACAUAGGAGUUCGAGGUUCGGAGCUUGUCCGCACUCGCGUCGUCGAGGCAGACAUGGUACCGGUCAUCGCGACCAUUUUGUGGGAUUACAUUCUCGUCAUUGAAAUGGAGAAAGCAAAAGCGGACGCUGAACAGGAAAAGCGAAACGGAUCAAAACAUGCCGGAAGCAGCAGAUCGUCCAAGGUGUUUCGAGAGCUGACACAGGAUCCCCUUUCAAGGACGUCCUUUUUCGAACAUAUGAAUGCGGCAGCCGACCAGCGUUCGACUCGACGUCAAGCACCUCCACCUUCGCUCGAUCUGCCGCAGUCAUUCUCGGAAGCGUUUGGCACUGCAGAAACAGCCCCGACGGAAGGCAACGUCAUUCCUCCGAGUGUCUUCACCUCUCCCCCUGACCGAACGGUUUUCCCUCCCCGUGAUUUUCAUCGGCACAACAGAGCUCAAGACAGCAGAGGAUCCUUCCGAUCCAUGAACUUGCAGGCUCCGGCCACCGCAGUUCCUUCGAUGGACGCUUCUGACGGCUUCCCGUUACGUCCAGUCCGCGAAGUCGAUCGCCUGCCUUCAAUGUUACCAGCGCUGAACACAGGUGUUACCUCACAUCCUGAUUCUCCUACCACGCCUUCUGCACCAAUCCAUCGAGGAAUCCUCUCUCCUGCAGGACGUCGAUUGAGAAGACCCUCCAUCCGGCAUCAGAACUCCACAGGCGACGAUGAUGAUGUUAUGUUGGAAGAUAUUACAGUCCCGGCCGAGGAGCUUCUGGACGCUGAUGGCCAAAAUGAGGGGCAGAGCAGAGUGCAGACGCGCGAUCCAAGCCCGCAUGACCCUGAAGACGUCGUUGGACGUCAGCCGCUAAGCUUGACCAUUCCUCUCCAGCAGGAUCGGGAGCUUGACAACGUUGACAUUGCCCAACAAACGCCAAUAGUCGGAGGGAUGGCCAAUCCUCUCGGUCCUGCUGCUCACGAAACUGUUGGAGUAUCACCAAUACCUCCCGCUCCUGCUACCGCGGCGUCUCCUGCCAUUCCACUCAAUGCCUAUCCAAACUUCUUUCUGAGGACAGCUACUACGACUCCUUUGACAACUGCACUAAUGCCCCGGGACGAAGAUGUCCUCAUGGGACUGCAACUGCUCGCAUAUAUAUCCAAAUACUGCUACCUUCGCCAUUACUUUCAGAAGACUCACCUGGUUCCCAGGCUUCGCAUCGAUAGAGAGGUCGAAAAGAUUUACGGGCCAAUGCGUGGAUGCCCACCGCUACCAGAGCCGACCGAAGAUGAAGAUGAGGAAUUCCUUCAACCUGAUGAUUACAACAUCUUCCCGCUGGUUGAAAAGUUUACCGUACGGCAUCAUUCUAAAGACAUGCAAUAUUGGGCUUGCGUGGUCAUGCGCAAUUUGUGCAGAAAAGACGAUGCCAAAGGAGGUAUCCGACAAUGUGCUAACUACCAAUGUGGCAAAUGGGAAGAAUAUCCUCGACAGUUCGCAAAGUGCAGACGUUGCCGGCGAACUAAGUACUGCAGCAAGGAAUGUCAACGCGAAUCAUGGAGCAUGCACAGGCAUUGGUGUCAUCUUGAGAACGUCUACCUCAGCCGUCGUUCGAAUGCAUGAGUGACUUUGAAAAACUGCAUAGCAGCGGAGUAUUAUGGAUCAGUAUUGUUUGGCGUUAGGACCAGUUCCUGAAAUCCAGGGACAAUGAUUUUGGGGUUUAAGCGCAACACGCAAACAGAGAUGAGCACCUGCUACGAGUUA